AUGGAGAUUCAAAUGAUUCAGAUAGCACAACAGUUAGCAAACUUUCAACAGCCGGGCGCGUUACCAAGUGCCACAGUUACCAAUCCUAAAGAUCAUAAUAAUGUGAGCGCUAUUGUUACUAGGAGCGGAAAAGGGAAAUGUGUGGUUGAAAAUAAUGACGAGGAAGAGGAACCAUUAUUGGAGGUAGACUUAGAGAUAAGAGAAAAUGAGGUAGAAGCUGAGGAAGUGGUGGUGAUGGAACCAACACCAAAAGAGAAGGUGGUUGAACAAAAACAAAAUUCGGCAGUAAAACUUCCUUUUCCGAUAAGGAACAAGAAAAAAGGGCAACAUGAGAAGAAUUUUGAAAAGUUCUUGGAGAUGUUCAAGAAGCUGGAGAUUAAUAUUCCAUUCUUGGAGGCAUUAGAACAAAUGCCUACUUAUGCAAAAUUUAUGAAGGACAUCAUCGCCAAGAAAAGAACCAUCGAUCGUGACACUAUUAUUCUAACCGAAACGUGUAGUGCUAUUUUGCAGGGUAUGAAGAUUCCGGUGAAGAAGAAAGAUCGAGGUUCCGUGACUAUUCCUUGUACAAUUGGGGAUAGGUCAUUCAAGAAAACUCUAAUUGAUUUGGGAGCAAGUGUGAGCCUUAUGCCGUUGUCUAUCUACAAGAGAUUGGGGAUAGGUAACGUACAAGAUACAAGAAUGACACUCCAGUUUGCUGACCACUCUGUUAAAAGACCUUAUGGGAUAGUAGAAGACGUGCUUGUGAAAAUUGACAAAUUCGUGUUCCCAGUGGAUUUUGUAAUUCUAGAGAUGCCGGAAGAUGAGGAGAUCGCUAUUAUUUUAGGAAGGCCAUUUCUAGAGACAGGGCGAUGUUUGAUAGACAUUGAAGAAGGCACAAUGACUCUGAAAGUUUAUGAUGAAGAGCUAAAGAUUGAUGUGUGCAACACCAUGAAGUACAAGGAUGAUAUAGCAACUAGUCAACAUAUUGAGGUGAUUGAUCAAAUCUGUACUAAUGAGAAUUCUUUGAAAAUACAACAAUUACCUUUGAUAAGAGUGUUGAGCUCGUCUGGUUGCGAUAAAGAGGAAGCUGUUGAUGAAAAAGAAGUGGAAGUAGUGGCUAUGAUGGAGGAACUUAAGCUAGUAGAAGUGUUAAAGAAACAUAAAAGUUCCAUGGGGUGGUCUAUUGAAGAUUUAAAAGGGAUCAGUCCUACAAUGUGCAUGCACAAAAUCCUCAUGGAAGAUGAUCACAAGCCAGUGGUCCAACCUCAGAGGCGUCUGAACCCAGCAAUGAAAGAGGUUGUGAGAAAAGAAGUUGUGAAACUUUUAGAUGCUGGGAUGAUUUACCCGAUAUCUGAUAGUGCUUGGGUAAGCCCGGUUCAUGUUGUGCCCAAAAAGGGAGGAACAACCGUAAUAAAAAAUGAGAAGAAUGAGUUGAUUCCCACAAGGGCUGUUACAGGGUGGAGAGAUAAAACUUUCACUUUUGAUGAUGAAUGUGCGGUAGCUUUUGAGACAAUUAAGAAGAAAUUAGUCUCGGCACCCAUUGUUGUAGCCCCUGAUUGGUCUCUACCUUUUGAGAUCAUGUGUGACGCAAGCGAUAUUGCUGUAGGGGCAGUAUUAGGACAGCGGAGAGAGAAAUUACUUCAUGUUAUAUAUUAUGCUAGUCAUGUUUUGAACCCCGCACAAAUUAAUUAUGCGACUACCGAGAAGGAGUUGCUAGCCGUUGUUUAUGCCUUCGAUAAAUUCAGGCAAUAUCUGUUGGGGUCUAGAGUCAUCGCUUAUACUGACCAUUCUGCUUUGAAGUAUAUCUUUGCUAAACAGGACUUUAAGCCAAGACUUUUGAGGUGGAUCUUACUCCUUCAGGAGUUUGAUGUUGAAAUUCGAGACAAGAAGGGGUGUGAAAACACCGUAGCUGACCUCUUAUCUCGAAUGACACCAAUAAACAAGACAGAAGAAAAGCGCCCAAUCAAAGAUGUGUUCGCCGAUGAACACAUCCUGGCAGUGACUGGUGUACCUUGGUUCGCAGAUUAUGCAAACUAUAUUGUCGGUGGUAUCAUCCCCGACGAUUUUGACUCUAAUCGAAGGAAAAAGUUUGUUCAUGACUGCAGUGGUGAUCGAAUAGCAGCUAAGAUUUUGCAAUCAGGGCUAUACUGGCCAACUGUAUUCAAGGAUGCUCAAGAGUUUGUGAGACAUUGUGAAAAGUGCCAAAGGACAGGCAACAUAUCCAAAAGAAACCAGAUGCCUCAAAACUCGAUGCUGGAAGUGGAGUUGUUCGAUGCUGUUUCUAUACCGUCAAACGAUGCUAAGGUGGUGGUGAAGUUUUUGAAAGAAAAUAUCUUUGCUAGAUUUGGAGUACCGAGAGCUCUCAUAAGUGAUGAAGGAACGCAUUUCUUGAAUCAUCUCAUGGAACGAUUACUCCAAAAAUACAAUGUGAAACACAAGAUAGCCAUAGCUUAUCAUCCUCAAACAAGUGGACAGGUUGAAGUUUCAAACAGACAACUCAAGCAAACUCUGGAAAAGACGGUGAGUGCCUCUCGGAAGGAUUGGGCGAUCAAGCUGGAUGAUGCACUAUGGGCAUAG